AUUUGGCUCGGUUACAGGCGAGGCGGGUUUUUGCACCGUGAUUGGGUUGUAAACCACCAGUCCAAUCACGUUACUCUGCGUUUAGGCUUUGUUUCACACGCUUUAGGCGCGUGCAUGCGGCGUGUGUGUGUGUGUGUGUACUUGACAUCUUGAUACUACUGAAGUAGAUCAGUCACACACACACGGAACAGCAGCACAAUGGACAACAACAACAGCGAUUUCCCGGAGGACUGUAACCCUACACCGUCCAGAGAGCUCACUCAGAACCCGCUGAAGAAGAUAUGGAUGCCGAGCAAAAACGGCCAUCCGGAAAAGCAGAUAUUUCAGAGGACAGUAUGCAUGACCAACUGUCCAACCGUCAUCGUCACAGUCGGCCUACCAGCCCGGGGCAAGACGUACAUCUCCAAAAAACUCACCCGCUACCUCAACUGGAUUGGCGUGCCAACGAAAGAAUUUAACGUCGGGCAGUACAGACGAGAAUGUGUGAAGAUUUAUAAAUCAUUUGAGUUUUUCUGCCCGAACAACGAGGAGGGGCUUAAGAUCAGAAAGCAGUGUGCAUCAGCAGCUCUUAACGAUGUGCAUCAGUAUCUCACUCGAGACGGGGGGCAAGUGGCGGUAUUUGAUGCCACGAAUACGACGAGAGAGAGGAGAGACACCAUCAUUCGGUUUGCUGAACAGAACGGGUUUAAGGUUUUCUUCGUCGAGUCUGUAUGUGAAGAUCCUGCCGUUAUUGCGGAAAACAUCAUCCAAGUGAAACUCGGCAGCCCAGACUACACUCACUGUAACACCGAGCAGGCUGUGGAGGACUUCAUGAAGAGGAUAAAAUGCUACGAGAACUCCUACCAGCCUCUGGACGAGGUGUUAGACAGAGACUUGUCCUUCAUAAAGAUCAUCGACGUGGGCCGGAGGUACUUAGUAAACCGAGUCCAGGAUCACAUCCAAAGCCGCAUUGUGUAUUACCUCAUGAACAUCCACAUCACGCCGCGUUCCAUCUACCUGUGUCGGCACGGAGAGAGCGACCUCAACGUCAAAGGCAGAAUCGGAGGCGACUCGGGUCUGACGCCUCGAGGGAAGGAGUUUGCUCGCAUCUUGGGACAGUUCAUCCACGCGCAGGACAUCAGUGAUCUGAAGGUGUGGACGAGUCAAAUGAAGCGGACGAUUCAGACGGCCGAGGCUCUGGGCGUGCCGUACGAACAGUGGAAAGCUCUCAACGAGAUCGAUGCUGGUGUGUGUGAGGAGCUGAUGUACGAGGAGAUUCAGCAGCGGUAUCCUCUGGAGUUUGCGCUGCGUGACCAGGACAAAUAUCGCUACAGAUAUCCCAAAGGGGAGUCUUACGAGGAUCUGGUGCAGCGGCUCGAACCCGUCAUCAUGGAGCUGGAGCGGCAGGAGAACGUCCUGGUCAUCUGCCACCAAGCGGUCAUGCGCUGCCUGCUCGCCUACUUCCUGGACAAACCAGCAGAGGAGCUGCCGUACCUGAAGUGCUCGUUACACACAGUACUGAAGCUCACGCCGGUGGCUUACGGCUGCAAAGUGGAGUCCAUCUUUCUGAAGGUGGAAGCAGUGAACACGCACAGAGAAAAACCAGAGAAUGUCCACGUGCACCGGACACCGGAGGACGCCCUUUGCACCGUUCCCCCUCACCUCUGACCACGUGUGCCUCCUCGUUCCUCUUUCUCCAGGGGCCCCUUGUCCUUCAGGCAUCUCCGGGACAAAAUGUUUUGCCGUCAUGAAGCCUGUACGAGUCUUUACGUCCUGUACCUUCCUUUACCUUUUAACACCCUACAGAGCUCACAGACUCGACGACGUGGGGUCUCGCACCCUGACGGUAGAAUAAUCUUCAUAAAAGAGUGGACUGAUCGCAGGGAUAAGUGAAAUGAUUAGCUUUCGCUUGUAUAGGACUGACGAAAGGGGGCGUGGCCUCUGAUCAAAAGAAUAACUCCAGGGCUUUUGAACCAAGCCUUGCAUAAUCUCCUGCACAUGGAGUGUGUGUGUGUGUGAUUACUAUAGACUAGAGUAGUGAGAAAACAAUGGAAAAACAUGUUUUAUUUUGGCUUGUAAUAGAAGUCUAAGGGCAGACGUUCACAUUUCCAAAGAAACACUUUGUGCACUACAAAUCUUAUUAUUUUAUUAUUAUUAUUAUUAUUAUUAUUAUUGCACGGUUUAACAGGAAACUGGCUGAUACUUGUUGCUGGAUUGUUUUAGACGUUCUCUCAGGUAAAAUCUGUUUAUCGCACAAUCACAUUUUUAGCACUUAUGGGCCAAAUGGAAACCAAAAAAUUCCCACCAGAUUUAUCACAACACAUUAUACACACCAUACAGCUGCUUUACUCUUAUUGUAAACAAACUGCCCCUAGACUUGUAUUAUGAUUAAUGGUUGAUUGAAACAGGUUUUCCAUCUUCGUUGUUGUAGUUAAUCAGCUGUGUUGUAAUCACACACACAGCACAGGCGAACGGGAUAGAGGACACGAGGUUAGCUUGACACAACGUCAUGACGACUGGAUUGAUUAAAACAAAUGGAGAUGUUUAAAAAAAAAAAAACAAAAAAAAACUUUUUUUAACCCCUCUGGGUUUUGGGACCUUCGCUGAUGUAAAGUGUAACAUGCUGUAAGCGAUCUCAUAUCAGACAGGAUCGUAUCUGGCUUGUUUUUCGCCUGUGUGUUAGUUAGGGUGUGCUUCUUUCCUGCAGCUCUCGCACUCUCCUCUUUGCAUCAGUAUUGUUCUGUCGUUGUGUCACGUCACGAUUAGAUUCUUAUCUCUCUGUUACUUUGAGAGAACCUCACAAGGCACAAUGUCGCUUCAUCUGUGUAUGUGUGAGUGUGAAAGAAAGAGAGAGAGAAGAAAUCAUCACUACAUCACGUACAUCCUCACAACAACACAAAAUGUAUUUAUCUGCCUUUUACGGGUUUUAAAAAGGUGAUCAGCCGAGUUUUAUUCAAAAAGACGAAAUCGUUUUUUUUAUCUUUUUUUUUUUUUUUAAUGAUGUAGGUUUGGUUUGUAACUGUGAAAGUACAUCCUGAACUGUCUGUCAGAACACUGUAAACAUGAUUGAACAGUUUGUGUGAUGAGAUGUAACCAUCCACUGGUUAUCAUAGGAAUAAAUAUUGGAAUACUGUUCCUUGAUGGCAAUAAAGUUUAAUUUAAAAAGAAAUAAAUCUUUUUUCCCUGAGUAAAGCCUUAUCAUGUUAACGCUAAUGUUCGAUUUUUUUAGGUCAUUAUUCGGACAUAAAAAUCUACUGUUUAUGGUUAUUUAUACUGUUAUUUUUGCAUUUCAG